CGCUAAAGCAAUUUCUCGAUCCUUGACUGUGCGCGCAUUCUCCAAAUGAAAGUUGGCAAGCUCCAGUUCCUUUUGUGGCGAGAGAGCGCUUCGCGAGGACGAAAAAGUGUUACGCAACAUGUAGCUUCUUUGCGAGUUUUGUUUUGCAACGGGCUGGGAGACUGCAGACUGUUUAUUCGACUCCUGUGUCCUUUGACUGGAUGCCGAGGGAGUCCAAAAGAAACAGUGCCUCACCUCAACUCGAAUCUGUUUCUCGAUUCCUUUCACUGGCUGAGGAGAUGGUCCGUCCUUGUGCAAUGCUCUCUACUCCAACUCUUUGUUCAAGACUGUCCGCGCACGCAUAGGGUGGUCGAGCGGGAUAAUCUGCGUUUUUUGUUACCUAUGAAUCGCCACUGGACUGUGCUUACUGAGAUCAAGCAAAGACGUGCGAGGGACAGAGAGAGGUGAGAGAAAGAGAGAAAGACAAAAAACAGUGAAUUGAGCGAGGGUAUAGCUGGGAAAAUGGGAAAAUGGGAAAGAGGGAAAGAGAGGAAGUGGAG